AUGGCGCACGCAUCUGGGUUCUGCCCGCCGCCGUCAUACACCCCGGGUGCGUCCCAGUGCGCCCCCUUCUUCCUGGGCUUCGGCGGCGACUUCUGCGACCCGUCGUUCUCCGACUACUACGACUACCAGGAGUACGCCCCAUCGAGCCCUUCGCCGCUCGCCAGCUCCAAGGACUACUACACUCCAUCGAGCCCUGACUACAGUCCGGCGAGCCCCGACUACAGUCCGGCGAGCCCGGAUUACACUCCCGCGAGCCCCGACUACACACCGGCGAGCCCGGACUACACUCCGGAGAGCCCCGACUACACUCCAUCAAGCCCAGACUACACUCCGGCGAGCCCUGACUACAAUCCAUCAAGCCCAGACUACACUCCGGCGAGCCCUUCACCGUCGCUGGUGUACACUUCGUCAAGCCCUGUUCGGCUCGCUUUCAUGAUGCCGUCUCCUCCGUCAGAGCACGCUGGUACAUCACCUUACUAUACUCCGUUGAGUCCUCCCGGUCCCGGGCACGCUUCUUCGCCGGAUUACACGCCCAGCACGCCGCCUCCGUCGCCCCUGGUGGUGUCUGACGCCGAGUCGUGCGCGUCGCCGUAUUACACACCGUCAACUCCUUCCAGGAGCGCCGAGUCGCCGGACUACAUGCCCAGCACGCCGCCUCCAUCGCCCCUGGCGUCAGAAGCAGAGUCGACCACGUCUACAGCGUGCUGCCGCCACCAUCCGUACCAGAGGAGCGGCGCCGGCCGGAUCAACCGCGGCGGACGUCAGCGAGCCUUGGCAUAUUGA